UGGAUUUAGACUCCUGUUUCACAGUCUCAGGAUAUCAUUGCUCGGUACUCCCAUGAAUGAGUAACUUCUAGUUUAACCUGACAUUACAUUAUUUCGCAAGCUGUCAUAUGGUUUAUCUAGCGGUCUUCGACAUUAGUUCAUUAGUGCACUAUUACUUUAUUGUCAGUAAACGAACUUUGAACUUCUAGGCAAUACUCAUGUUCAAGAGAAUCAUAUACACCGCGACGCAAUAGGACUGCAUUUCAGAAAAUUGAACAAAAUGUCAAAGCAAAGCGGAUUUCAUGUCGUCACCCCGCUUCUCGAGAGCGCGGGCAUGUCUAAGCGGAUGGGGACCACUGUGUUUCUGAAGAUGGAGAGCUCACAACCCACUGGUUCCUUCAAAAUCCGUGGAAUAGGAUACAUGUGUCAAAAUGUUGCAAGUUCAAAUAAGUCGAGAGGUGUCGUUUGUUCUUCUGGUGGUAAUGCUGGUAUGGCCACAGCAUAUGCAGCAAGAAAACUCAACCUCCCAGCCACCAUUGUUUUGCCCUCAUCGACACCCCAACUGGUAGCUCAAAAACUAAAGGACCAAGGAGCUACAGUCAAAGUUGUAGGCAAGGUGUGGGAUGAUGCAAAUGCUGAGGCCCUACAAUUAGCAGAAAGUGAAGGUCUUACUGUAAUACACCCAUUCAACCAUCCUCUGGUCUGGAAAGGUCAUUCCAGCAUUGUGCAUGAACUCAAGGCCUCACUGCCAUCCAAACCUGGAGCUAUAGUGCUUUCGGUAGGGGGUGGAGGUCUGUUUUGUGGGGUUAUGGAAGGGCUGGAUGAGGUAGGCUGGGGAAAUGUCCCUGUCCUGUGCAUGGAGACCGUGGGUGCCGACUGUCUAAAUGUUGCUCUAAAAUCUAGAGAUCUGGUCACACUUCCUGACAUUACAAGUGAAGCAAAGUGUUUGGGAGCAAAAACGGCAUGCCAGCAGGCGUUUGAGUACAGCAAACGGCCCAAUGUCAUUUCAGAGGUGGUGACAGAUCUACAGGCCCUGGAGGCAGUGGAACUGUUCCUGGAUGAGGAGCGUGUGUUGGUGGAGUUAGCCUGCGGAGCAUCAUUGGCUGCAGUAUACAGCGGAGUCAUUCAGAGGCUACAGGAGGAGGGACGCCUUCCUAAUCCGCUCGACCCGCUGGUAAUGAUUGUGUGUGGGGGUGGCAGUGUGGACCUGGCUCAGCUUCGACAUCUACAGGCAGUCAUACGGAAAUGACCACAUUUGUACAGAGAAAAAUGGUCAAUGCAUCUGCUUUGAAUAUAGCGCUGACGUGUUGUGUUGCAUAAAUCAAAAGAUGAAAUGGAUAAUCUGCCUUAUUUCAAACAGCUGAGAGCAAAUUGCUUUGAGGAAACAUUCAAAACUAUUCUUUGGAUUUUCUGUAACACCUUAUUUUAGUGAAAUGCUGUUUGUGUAAUAAAAUCCUUUGACGGA